UUAUGACGAUUUCCCCCAGAAGCCCACAAUGUAUACAACCAAAAUUUCCAGCCUCGUCUGUUUACAUCGUUCUUGGUGUUGUCAAGCCACGUCCCCAAACCGGAUUCCAAAAUAGGUGCAGAAUGGCCCCACCCACGAGGCUGAGAAAAUAAGCGGGAUCAGGGGUGCAGUUCCAGGUCCAACAAGUUUCCGUCAAAGAACACCGUAGCUUACCUAGCAACACAUACAAAAAAACCAACAAACUUCAGAAUCGCACCAUGCUCCCACGAUAACAGGCAUGGCCAAGGCCAAAUCACAUAGCAUCCGCAAGGAUGGCGAGACCUCCAAUGCGGCAAUAAAUGAAGAAGAUCGCGGUCUGCUCUCUGGGAGUUCCGACGAGGACGAAGAUUACUUUGGAGAUGUGCAAGAGGGAACCAAGUUACAGGAAGGACAUGUGGGCGGUCUGAGGUCUUCGCAGAGCCCGCCGAAUGAUGGAACCAGGACGCCCAGGACGCCGAAUAGGGUGAGGUUUGAUUUACCUGCUAUCAAUACCGAGAAUGCGAAUGGGAGUGCGGAUGGGCAGCAAACGGAUUCUCCACGUUCGGGGCGUCGCGGUCGCAGGUCGAACCAGAUUGUGCCCCUUCUUACGGAUAUCGAGGCUCCUUCGGUGGCGCUGGCGAAUAGUCCUUGGGGCGAUGAGGAUGUACACGCGUGGGCAGAACGAGAACGGUCGCGUCCCAAGUCCGGAUUGAGGUCUGCGUUCAUGAACAUGGCGAAUUCGAUUAUUGGCGCUGGUAUUAUCGGCCAACCUUAUGCUUUCAAGCAGGCUGGGCUGGUGGCGGGGAUUCUGCUCUUGGUGGUGCUUACUAUCACGGUCGACUGGACGAUUCGGCUCAUUGUUGUGAAUAGUAAGUUGAGUGGACGGGAUAGCUUCCAGGGAACCGUGGAGCAUUGUUUUGGGAGGACGGGCUUGAUUGCUAUUAGUGUUGCGCAGUGGGCUUUUGCAUUCGGAGGCAUGGUGGCGUUUGGGAUUAUUGUGGGGGAUACGAUUCCGCAUGUUUUUACAGCGAUUUGGCCUGGGUUGAGGGAGGUGCCGGUUUUGGGGUUGUUGGCGAAUAGACGGGCGGUCAUUGUUAUUUUCAUACUGGGGAUUAGUUAUCCGCUGAGUUUGUAUAGAGAUAUUGCUAAGGUAUGGAAUCCCAUUUCUUUUUCUUUUCUUACUGCGUUUUUUCUUGGAUGCUGAAGUGCUGACGAUGAAGUGAUAGUUGGCAAAAGCAAGUACUUUGGCUUUAAUUAGUAUGAUGAUCAUUCUCUUUACCGUCAUAAUACAAGGAUUCUUCGUCCCAGCAGAAUCAAGAGGGACAUUUGAUAAAUCUCUCCUCAUAAUAAACGAUGGUUUCUUCCAAGCAAUAGGAGUUAUAUCUUUCGGUUCGUUCUUAUUCCCACCUUUCCCUAUGCAACUCUCACUAACAAUCCCAAAGCAUUUGUCUGCCACCACAACUCCCUCUUAAUCUACGGCUCCCUCAAAACCCCCACCAUUGACCGCUUCGCCCGCGUAACCCACUACAGCACCACUAUCUCCAUGUUCGCCUGUCUCGCCAUGGCCCUCGCUGGCUUCCUAACCUUCGGCUCCAAGACCCAAGGCAACGUCCUCAACAACUUCUCCUCGGAUAACACCAUGGUGAACCUAGCCCGUCUCUGCUUCGGCCUGAACAUGCUCACCACCUUACCCCUCGAAGCCUUCGUCUGUCGCGAGGUCAUGCUCGAAUACUGGUUCCCGGGGGAACCCUUCAACAUGAACCUCCACCUAAUCUUCACGACGAGUCUGGUCGUCAGCGCGAUGACGCUUGCGCUCGUGACUUGUGAUCUCGGCGCCGUGUUCGAGUUGAUUGGCGCGACGAGUGCGUGUGCGCUGGCGUAUAUCUUGCCGCCGCUUUGCUACAUCAAACUUAGCAGUCGCAGUUGGAAGACGGUUCCUGCGGCUGCGUGUGUGGUGUUUGGCAGCGCGGUUAUGGUUAUUAGUUUGGUGCAGGCGGUGGCAAAGAUUAUUAGGAAUGAAGGGGGGGCUACGCAGUGUAGUGCCUGACCUAAAUUCAUAGGUGAACAGUUGGGGAUGGGGGAGGGGAAAUGUAUUGUAUGUAUGAUGUUUUUAAACCCAGGGGCUUUCUUUAAAUGGUGAUCUGGGAAUGGGAAGGGUAAGAUUACACAGACUAUUUGGGAUUUAGAUUUGGGCUGGUGUCCCGAUAGAUGGGAAUUGAACUGAAUUGAAUCGUUUCGAG